GUCAUGUUAUUAGAUAACUAUUGAUGCUGGACUGCUCCAGAUGAUGAUGUAGUGUAGAGGUUUGGAGUCGUCAUGGGGCCGUGCACCAAAUUUCCUAGAAGUUACGAGGGGGAAUGUAACUCAGGCUUGAAGAAAAUGACGAUGGAGGGUACUGACCAAUCAUCACCAAUACAUGAAACGCCAGCUUUGUUAAGUGCAUUUUGUAUAUUGUUGAUUGUUUGUAGAAUUGGACAUGAUAGCAGUGGUAUUACAAGGUGGAUUAAUUCCCCCUGAAGGCCCAGGUACCAAAUGGAUCGCCCUCUACUGACAUUUUUAUAGCACUUAACUUACAGCCAACUUAAAGUCCAGUGGUUACACUCCAGAUGUUAAAAUGAUCGUAUUUUGAAAAAAAUGCUCACACUCGCCCGAUGCUUAGGACCACCUGCUACCGUGAAAUAUGACCACCGACCGCGUUCGCUUUAGUUUAAUGCAGUUUUAGCUUUCAAGAAACUUAACUGCACUGUUGGAACGAAGCUGUCACUGAUGGUACAGCGCCCCCAUAUGGCGAUGACGAGUCAGGCGCGACAAUGCACAACAUCCGGUGCAUUGCAGUGAUGUUCGUGUUUGCUAAUAGUCAUGAAUGGGAGGAGUAAAAUGAUCGUACAUCGUGGGAUUUUUGCAAUUGUUGCUCAGGUGAAAUUAUCGUGAAAAUACGAUCAUUAUCGUACACCUGGCAACGCCGACGCGUCUCUUCCUGUGUGCGUCGCUAUUAUCAGUCCCCCUCGCAACAAUUUAACGCAAGCCAUGACGAUAUGAAAACGCAAUUUUGGGAAUGUUGACUAAAAAAAAACAGGCAUUUUAUUUACUGUACAAUACAUCUUUAUAUUAUAUUAUAAACAUUUAUGUGGAAUGUUUAUUUUUCACCUUAAAUGUGUCUAUAAAAUUCCUCCAAAAGUAAUUUGGGGAAACUGGGGACACUUGCCCAGUUUGGUCAUUUUUAAAAACAACUUUCGUGUUGGGGCAAAAAAAAAAAAAAAAGUUUCCUGGUCUCAGGUUUCAUGCAAGGGAGGGGGGCGCUUACACAGCAAGACGAAGACGAAGAGGAGGAGGAGGAGGAGGAAUAGCCAGGAACCCGCAGGAGCCUAAAGUACUUUUCUGGUCUUGCAGACCCCGGUACAAGGGGGUCACGUCGGACUGGAUGGACUCGGACUGAAGGCAGCCUGACUCGUUAAUUAGGAAAAGCUGGUGGAGCAAUUAAGCGCUUGGAGCGAAGACGCGCGGUUCGGAGCGCACAAGGUGGGUGUUUGGUGGCGCUGGAACUUUUUGGAAAGGCGCAUUUUCCCCUUUUGGCGGAUCUUUUUUGGUGAAGCAGAAAGUUGUCGGAGUGGAGCUGGUCUGUUUAGCUCCACGGUCACCUCGGCACCAUGAGUUGGAGUUUCCUGACUCGUCUGCUGGAUGAGAUCUCCAACCACUCCACCUUCGUGGGGAAGAUCUGGCUGACGGUGCUCAUCAUCUUCCGCAUUGUGCUGACAGCGGUCGGCGGUGAGACCAUCUACUACGACGAGCAGAGCAAAUUCGUCUGCAACACGCAACAGCCGGGUUGUGAGAACGUGUGCUACGAUGCCUUUGCGCCGCUCUCGCACGUCCGAUUCUGGAUCUUUCAGGUAAUCAUGAUCACCACGCCGACCAUCAUGUACCUGGGCUUCGCCAUGCACAAGAUUGCUCGCAUGGACGACAGUGAUUACCGGCCGCUACGCAACCGCAAGAAGAGAAUGCCCAUCGUCAGCCGCGGGGCGGUUCGGGACUACGAGGAGGCCGAGGACAAUGGCGAGGAAGACCCCAUGGUGGCAGAGGAGAUCGAACCGGAGAAGCCAGACAAAGCAGAAAAAACUUCGGGGGAAAAGAAGCACGACGGACGGCGUCGCAUCUUGCGGGACGGCCUCAUGAAAGUCUACAUAUGCCAGCUCCUGUGGCGCUCUGCAUUUGAAGUGGGCUUCCUUUGUGGCCAGUACGUCCUGUACGGCUUUGAGGUGAUCCCCUUCUACGUGUGUACCCGCACACCCUGCCCGCACACCGUGGACUGCUUCGUGUCUCGGCCCACGGAGAAAACCAUCUUCCUGCUGGUCAUGUAUGUGGUGUCUUUCCUCUGCCUGGUCCUCACGGUCUUUGAAAUCAUGCACUUGGGCAUCGGUGGCAUCCGCGACACCUUCCGCAGGCGGGCCACCCUCAGGUCAAACGUGCCCUCGUCUUCCUCACGGGCCUCACCCACAGCGCCGCCAGGGUAUCACGCCGUCGUGAAGAAAGGAGGCAAAGGGGAGCUGAGGAACUCGCCGACGGGCGACUCCGGCAGGGACAGCUUUGGUGACGAGCCCAACUCAUCCCGUGACCUGGAGCGGUUGGGCAGGCACUUGAAACUGGCGCAGCAGCACCUGGACCUGGCCUACCACAUGGAGGAGGGAAGCCCCUCACGCAGCAGCAGCCCGGAGGUCAACGCUACGGCGCAAACGGCAGCUGAGCAGAACCGCCUCAACUAUGCCCAAGAAAAGCAGGGAGGGGCGAGUGAAAAAGGAAUACGUGCCUGAACCUGCUUCCUGACCAAAACAUCCGUGCUGUCAUUCCUGCUGGCCUUUAUCACACGAGGUUGGGGCACAUCUGGGAAUGCAGUCCGACCACAGAGGGAGAGUGUGUGUGUGUGUGUGUGUGUGUGUGUGUGUGUGUGUGUGUGUGUGUGUGUGUGUGUGUGUGUGUGUGUGUGUGUGUGUGUGUGUGUGUGUGUGUGUGUGUGCGCGUGCGCGUGCGCGUGCGCGUGCGUGAGGGAAUGAAAAGUGCCUUUCAGUAUUCCGUCUAUUAAAAAGAAUAGCGCUGACCCAGCUGACAAAUGGUUCAUCUUUUUAAGGCUGUUCCAUCGUCAGUCCAUGUUCAAACAGACUCUGAGUGCGCCCGAGGCAGAGCACGGUCUUUCUCGCUCGGUCGUACUUUAUUUGGCCACAAAUCCCAGUCCAUUCCUUGCGGUGUGCCGUCUGAGCUGCCACCUCCUCUCCUCGGGCCGUGUUCCUUUUCUUCUCUUCACCAAAGAGGAGGCUUGUUGAGGCUCAUCAGCCUCUGUAGCUGUCGUUUUUGUUUUCCUUUCCCCGUGUUUUUGUUGGGACUUGUUUUGAUUUUGCUGCGAGAGGCCACCAUGUUUACCUGGGAAAUGCUUGAAUUCCGUAUGGUCCAGAAAUUCCAAAACGCUGCCGAUUCCGAAUCUUGCAUUUUGUACACCGUAACUUGACCCACGAGCACUUGCUGCACGUGAGAGCUUUUCUUUGCACAAUUGAUGCUGCGUGAAUGAUUUACCGUCGCUGCACAAACGGUGACUUUGUUGGUUUUUGCUAAGCAUCUCGCUCCUCUGGUUGGCUAUCAACGGCGACAACCGCAAUCUGCUCAAAUACAUUCCUCUUUGGUGAGACGUACUUUUCCGUGCCUGAUACGCGCGGCCUGCGUUCAUUCUCCAACAUGGAUGCUUACCCUCCCAACCUCACGCGUGUCAGAAUACAACAGAACAGAUCAGGAGCGCCACGCAGAGGUCAACGCUUAAUACGUUUUACUGGAAGCUGGAGCCUGCUUGAUGCUACAUUGUUAAUCAUCUCACUUCUGUCUUUUUGUUUUUUUGCCUUCCAGUUCUACCACAUGACUCCAUUUUGUAAAGAUUACAGGCAAUUUGUUGGGGGGGGGGGGUAGUGUUUAA